AUGGGAAACAAGAGAAAACGAGAAAAAGAAGAGGCAAGAAUUAUGAAAAAGAUGAGGAAAUUGGAACAGAAAUUACAUCGACGAAGACGUAUACUUUCAUCAGAUGAUAAUGAUUCUGACAACGCCGACGAUACAGUGAAUACUGAUAUAAGACGAGUUUCGUCAGAACAAUUAACUACAGUUCCAAGUAUACCGAAUUCAAUCGGAAUGUCGCCAUCUCAACAAGAGAUAGCAUUAGACAUGCCCGAUCUGAUGUCUCCUUUACCACAGUCGCCAAAUGUGGACCCAGUUGUCACUGGUUUAAAUCCUUCGCCUGUCCCAGACAAAGAAGAAAUAAAUGUUUACGUAAAUACACCAGAAGAGAUGCAACUAGAAGAUGAUAUUUUGCAAAUAUUAGGUGAGGCACCUCAGCCAGACAUAAAGUUUGGUAAAAAUAUUCACUCAAAUAUCGCUUCCCGUUGGGAAGAUAUAUUAAUAAAGGGUUUACCAAAAGAAGCUAAAGAUAUUAUUCUUAAAAGAUACUUUAUUCCAGCUAACUGUAGUAAUUUAAUGGCUCCAAUAUUAAAUCCAGAAGCUAAGGUUGCAAUGCCGGAUAUAUUAGUCAAGAGAGAUGCUACGCUAUUACAAAAACAAAGUCAGAUUGGGAUUGUAUUGUCUGCAUUGGCUGAGCUCACCGAGAUGAUUCUGCAGAAUGAAAACUCCAAGCAAAAAUUGCUACAACCUCUUAGUGAUGCGUGUCGUUUAUUGUGCGAUAGUCAUAACGUGGAAACAAAAACUAGACGAAACAUUAUUAUGAGUUCUAUUAAUUGUAGUCUACGCGAUACGUUCGAUACUACUAAACGAGAUAAAUUCUUGUUUGGUGAAGAUUUAGCAGAGAAGCUCAAAGCAGCAAAAUCUGUACAGAAAACAGGAGAAUCAUUAUCCCAAAUUAAUCCUGUAGCAUCAACUAGCAGGGUGUCAAUUUACAAAAAUAUGUCAAAAACCCGGAAUUUAAACUACAGGGGCCAAAUACAAAGGAAACCACCAUUCAGAAACAACGAAACAUCAAGAGGUCGUGCCUCGACACGUCAGCCUCGCAGCAAUGUAUCGUUACGCCCGCCAGCACCACCGCCGCCGCGACGAGCAUUCUCACCGACCAGGAAGAAUCAUCGGAGAUAGAUUCACAGAUCCGUGCACAGCUUACACCGCUCUCUAACGUUGGUUGCCGCGAAAUUAUCCGGCAGACUCUAUUAAAGAAGUCACUAACACCGAGAUCAGUAGAUAUAAUGCUUGCAUCAUUAUCAAAUAAUACAUAUAGGCAAUAUGACGGCGGUAUAAGAGCUUGGCUCAAUUAUUGCAGUUGUCAUAAUUAUGAUUAUACUUCUAUAUCUAUACCUCCAAUAAUAGAGUUUUUAACGGAUGCAUUCGAUAAAGGUGCCAAAUAUGGAACGAUUAAUACAUACAAAUCCGCCUUGUCUCUGUUAUUAAGCAAUAAUCUGGAUGAUGAUAGACUUAAGCGCUUCAUGAAGGGAGUUUUUAAACUAAGGCCAUCGAACCCAAAAUAUAACAUAACUUGGGACCCUGGAAUUGUCUUACAAUUUCUAGCACAGAAAUGGCCUAACGAUGACCUUGAUUUGAAAACUCUUUCCAAGAAGACAGUAACGUUACUCGCCCUUGUGACUGCACAUCGUGUACAAACUCUGUCAUUAA